AUGUCUGGAGAAGACGACACUUUCGACAUCGACAUCUACGGCGAUGACGGCCAAGAACCAUCGGGGACACAACAAGAGUACGCUCCUGAAGAUAGGCUCGAGUUUGAUGAUGAUGACUUUGGAUACGAUGGUGCGAAUGACGCGCAAGGUUCAGCACAGCACAAUGACAACAGCAAUGGACAGAACGGGCCGUCAGACCAGGCGCAACAAGACCAGGAGAAGAACGAUUCCGCGGCCGGAGCUUCACAAGGCACGAAGCGAAAAGCUGAAGAGCAAGACUACGGCGACGAAGAAUACCGCAGCAGGCAGCCCUCAGCAUCCACUCUCUCACAUCAACAACCUACCGACCCCUCCGCGACAGCCGCAUUGAAAAUUCACGACCUACAUUGGUGGACCACUGAAGAAGAUCUACGUGCAUUCUGCGCGACGGCAUCCGUGGAAGAUCAGCUUCGCGAUGUGAUGUUUGGAGAGCACAAAAUCAACGGCAAGUCUAGAGGAGAAGCAUAUCUUGAAUUCAGUAAUCCUGCAGCGGCGGAUGCAGUCAAGAAGGCGAUUGAGGUGCGAUCACCUCCCAAUGCAGAGAAAGGCGAAACCGAAGGCAAGAGAGCGAACUCGUUCCACGUUUACUUCUCACCGAUCGGAAACCCUUUCAAAGGACGAGACAGCGGAGCGCAAACUAAGAAAGAAUUCACACCAUCACACGGAGGACGGGGAGGCGCAUAUAACAACUUCAACAACCGAGGCGGAGGAUUCAGAGGCGGCGAUCGUGGCAAUUUCAACAAUCGCGGAGGCGGAUACAACAACAGAGGUGGAUUCCAAGGUGGAAUGAACCAGCAACAGGGAGGAUGGAACGCUGGUGCAAUGGGAGGUAUGGGCGGUGGCUUCAACAACCCGAUGAUGAGUAUGGGCAACAUGGGCAUGAUGAACGGAAUGAACAUGGGCAAUUAUGGGAACAUGGGUCGAGGAGGCAUGAUGAAUCGUGGUGGAUUUGGCGGCAUGGGCGGAAUGGGUAUGGGUAUGGGCGGUGGACGUGGAAACAUGAUGGGUGGUGGACGAGGCGGCUGGGGUGGAGGCUUUCAGCAAGGGGGGAUGCAGGGCGGAUAUGGCGGAGGAUUCAAUGGAGGGAUGGGAAUGGGCAACAAGAGGAUGAAGCCCGAUGGAUGA